AUGGCAAGCUUCGCCCGCUUCUUCUACUCCCAACUCUUCAUCACACCCCCACCCCCCAAGGCCGACCUAACCGGCAAAACCGUCCUCGUAACUGGCUCGAACACCGGUCUAGGCAAAGAAGCAGCCCGGCACUACGUCUCCCUCAACGCCUCAACAGUCAUCCUCGCCGUGCGCUCCCUUGAAAAAGGCGAGGCAGCCGCAAAAGACAUCGAGACCACCACGGGCCGCCAAAAUGUAAUAAAAGUGCUUCACCUCGACAUGUCCUCGUACCAAUCCGUGCUCGAUUUUACUUCUACAAUUAGCAAAGAGGUGGACCGCCUCGACAUCGCCAUCCUCAACGCCGGCGUAAACCGCGGCGUCUGGGAACUCUUCGAGCAAGACGAGUCCACCAUUACCGUUAACGUCGUCUCCACUUUCCUCCUCUUUUUCUCUCUUCUCCCCAAACUCCAGGAUACUGCGAACAAGUUCAAUGUGCGCCCAACGCUUACGGUUGUGAGUUCGGAAGUGCAUCAGUGGACGGGGUUUUCGGAAAGGAAAGCACCUGAGGGGGAGUUGUUUGAGCGGUUGAGGGAGUAUAAGUUGAUGGAGGUGCUAGUUGUGAGGGAAUUUUGUGGGAGGAAUAAGAGUGGGGAGUGUCCGGUUACGGUGAAUACUGUCAAUCCGGGGUUGUGUCAUUCGGAAUUCGGUCGCGAAGCCCCCUUCGUCGCGGCUAUACUGCGUUUCUUCCUUGCUCGCACUACGGAAGUUGGGUCGAGGACGCUGGUGCAUGCAGGCUUGCAGGGCGAGGAGACGCAUGGGGAGUAUUUGAGUAAUUGCGAGAUUACGGAGCCGAGUACGUAUGUUAGGAGUGAGGAGGGAAAGAGGGAUCAGGAGAGGGUGUGGAGGGAGUUGAUGGCGAAGUUGGAGGGAAUUAAGGCGGGGAUUACGGAGGGAUGUUAGAGCUUGAAUGGGCGCUGAAAUGGUAUGACAGUGUAGGAUAUACGAUUCUCGAUUCGAGCUUCUCCAUGAGUACACAAGAUGAUACGAGAUUGACCAGUACGAGUAUCUCUCUAGUCUUCCAAAUUGGGUCAAUAUCUGUGUCUUUUUGCAUGAUCAG